AUGGACAGGCUCGAUGUUGAGGACACAAUAUCCCAAGAGCGUAUGCACCGAUGGGGAAUCGAGUUUCUGCGGUGCCAUUCAUGGACGCUGACGGCUGUGAUGGCGAGUGAUAAAGGUCGAAUACGGGGAUCGGAGGGCGUUGUACGACUUGUACAAGCAUAUGUUGCAGGUCCUUUAUGGAAAGGGUGUAGUUGCAGAUACGGGUGGAGUGCAUGUCGACAAUCGCAUCCCAGAAAAGAAAACGACAAUCAGUUCACAUUCCUGAUUGAGGAAUUCGGGGCUCCAGAAACGUAUGAAGGCCCUGGUAGAGGCGUACAGAUGCGACCGAUCAGUUGCAUGGUCGAGAACGGAUGCAGAAGUCUGAAUGCAGAAUGGAGCGCCGGUGCAGAUACAGGUGCAGAUACGUGUGCAGAUACGUGUGCAGAUACAGGUGCAGAUACAGGCGUGCAGAUACAGGCGUGCAGAUACAGGCGUGCAGAUACAGGCGUGCAGAUACAGCUGCGCAGAUUCAGGUGCGUCUGA